GUCCGUUGCCAACACCACGCCAAAGCAACAACACGGCGGACAGACACACACACACACGCCAACCAAUGACGAUGAGUGAAGGUGAGACCACCAGCAAUAGCGGCAACGACGGCAGAGGCAGUCAGGAAGUGAAAAGGGAGGCAGGAGAGACAACAGCGAAGAUGGAUGGAACAGAAAGGGUGCAGCCACAGCAGCAACCGAAGCCAACCUCAUCAAAUGACGGCCCACACAAGCCACCAGACGACACACAACAGCAGCAGGAGGAGCAAGAACAAGGUGGCACUGCCAGCAACGAGCGAGAAGCAGAACACGAUACAGAAGGCAACCAAGCACACGACGAUGAUGAGAGCUUACCUGUGGAAGAGGCUCCGGAAGGGCUGAGACCGCAGCGCCCAAAAUCUUCCCGCCCACGCUCGUCACGCCCACGCUCGUCUCGCCACCGCCCAAAGAAGGCGGCGAGCUUGAGCAGCAGCAGCAACGACGAUGAUGACAUCGAUGACAGCGACAACGCUGGUGACGAGGCUGGCAAUGACGGCGACAAGUCAUCCAAUACAUCAGAGGGUGCUGGAACUGACAACGCGACAGAGUCAACGCCAUCUUCUCAGCAACAACACCAACAACAGCAACAGCAGCUCAGCGGUCAUGCCAUCGCCGUGCAUGUAGAGGAUGAGGAUGAGGACACAAGGAGCAACACAGCAAGCCAGCAAGCGCAGCAACACAAGCAACAACAGGCCACAACAACCGCCACAGAAAGCAGCAAGGAGGAAGAAACAAUGCCUGGGCAACACGAGGCAGGCACGGGGAGCGCAAAAGCAAGUGGGACGGAGGAGAAGGAGGUCAAGACACGGGAUGGCGGUGACGAUAACGAAGGUGGAGACAACAAGGUGGUCAUGGAGCGAGGCGGAAAGAUUGUUUACGUGGACGCAAGCGAUGUCAAUGCAUCCGUUGACCCAGAUCUCAUCUUUCACGACGACGAUAAGCCGCCUGCACCUGAAAAGCAAGGGGAUGCUGGUACCACCACAGCAACCGCAGCUGCAACCUCCCAACAAAACGAGCAAGGGGAGACUACGGCCUCAGACGACCAGCAAUCUUCAAGACCAAAGCGCCUGGCCCAGUCCGCACGCCUCGCAAGGUCCUCGCGCGCGCGUUCUGCCCGCCCCGCAACAGCGCGGCAGGCGUCCUUUGGUGGGACGUCUGAGGAGGCAAACGCGGCGUUUCGGGCGUGGUACUAUCGCAAGGAGGAAGAGAGGCGACGGCAGCGACAGCACAGCCGCAAACUCACAAAGGAGCAGAUACUCGAGCAGGAGCGAAAGCGGCGGGAAGAGGCUGAGAAGACGUUCCAGGCCUGGCUGCAGAACAAGCGCGCCUCCUCCGCUCGCCACCGCCCUGCACAUCGCACGCAACAUGACGAGCGUGCAAAGACCGCGCGGGCACGCAUGCACGACAAGGAAGAGGCCGACGAGGCGUUUCAGGCGUGGCUCUCACGCAAGCGCGAUCAACUCACCCGCGAGAAGGAGGAGAAGCGUGCGCGAAGUCGGAUCUUCCGGGAGCAGCUGCAACUUCUGGAGGAGCAAAAGCGGAAGUCGAACGAGGCCGUGGCCGCCUGGCUCAGGGAGAAGCGAAGGCAGGAGGAGGCAGAGCGCCAGGAGCUGAAGCAGCGCAUGCGCAAACACAACCAGGAGCUUCGACGCAUCUACACAUCGCUCCACAGGCCGCGGACGGGGCGGUCGGAGGAGGCGGCGUCCUUCUCUCCGAGCACAUCCAUCGGGCGCUCAACAACAGCUGCCGGCAACACGCUGGGCAUGUCUGCACACAAGUCCCACUUUUGAUGCGCUACACCUGCUCACAGUCACGCGCGCGCGCGCGUGUGUGUGCUCGUGAUUGACAUGUCAUGCACUGCGUCCAAAGUCCACGAGUGCUUGAUGCAGACAACCCUCUCCCCAUCCCGCCUUGGUUCUCUCAUGGUGGUGCUGUUGUGACACGAUGCCUCCUUGUCGGCCCAUUGUGGUGUCAGGUGUCUUUGUCGUUGCUUCAUAUUGUUUUGAUUGCCCUUUGUACAACUGCUGGCUGUGAAG